AUGUCCUCCUCCUCCUCUUCCUCCUCAUCAUCCACAAAGGCCCUCGUGGUCAUACCUUCCUCUAUCAACAUAGAUGAGACAUUUGCCGUACGCUCCAUCGUUCGCCCAGGAGAGACCAUCUCCUCUACAGGUCUCACCUCUCGUCCCGGCGGUAAGGGUGCAAAUGUCUCCGCCGCCCUCGCCCUCGCAGGAUGUGACGCUUGGUUCGUUGGCAAUGUAGGAAAAGAUGCAGACUGGCCAUUGGAGGAGUUGAGGAAGAGGGGAGUGAAGACGGACCUGGCCGGUGUGCUGGAUGGUACACCUACCGGGAGGGCGUUUAUCCAAAUUGCCGAGGAUGGGGAGAAUUCGAUUGUCCUCCUUAAAGGCGCCAACUACCCUCCCGCCCCUUCUUCUCCCUCCUCAACCUUCUCCUCUCUCCCGCGCCCCGCGACCCACUUGGUCCUUCAAAACGAGAUUCCCCUCUCCACAACGGCCGCCUACCUCUCCCAUGGCCACUCCCAGGGACUCAGCACGAUUUGGAACCCUUCCCCCUUGCCUACGGCAGAGGAACUGCAGAGCUGGCGCUGGGACCAGACAGACGUCCUCAUUGUCAACCAGGGCGAGGGACUAGACCUAAUCGCCGCUCUCACUGGACGCAACGUCAACGAAGGAGAAAAAGCGGAAGAUACGCUUGCUGCUCUCGCGGGACUGAAGCAGCUCAAGACUCUCGCUUGGGUCGUCAUGACUCGCGGGGCACACGGAGUGCUCGCUUCUGUGCUACUGGAGGAGAGCGCAGAAGGGGAGAGUAGGACAACCGUCGCCCUCUCUGCGUCCAAGCCGCGACAAGUCCUCGAUACCACCGGCGCUGGAGACACGUUCGCUGGAUACCUCGUAUCUGCUCUUGCGGAGCUACAUGAAGAGAAGAGUAAAGCGGGAGCCGGAGCAGGAGCUGCUAGUGGGGGAGCACGACGUAGGCCCUCGAGCGAGGAAGAGGUGCGAGGCUGUCUGCACCGGGCGGGUGUGGCAGCGGCUAUGGCUGUUGAGGUGAGGGGGGCGAUGGAGAGUAUACCCAAGAGGGAGGAUGUGCAGCGUAGGCUCGAGGAGUGA